UUCUUUCUCUUCUACUACUGCUACUUGCUAAGGUAGGGCUUCCUGCACUUCAGCAACCACAGCCAUCUCCUCCUCCAUCUUCUUCUUCUCCAAUCUUCGCUUUCCUCUCUAUACACUUUGCGGCAGUACCUACCCUACGCCACAUCACUGCUUAACCUACACACUUCUCUUCAUCUCUCGAUUAUCUGCAACCAUGGGGGCUUCUCUUCCUCCUAAAGAAGCCAAUCUCUUUAAGCUCAUCGUCAAAUCUUAUGAAACUAAACAAUAUAAGAAAGGUUUAAAAGCGGCAGAUGCUAUAUUGAAAAAGUUUCCAGAUCAUGGAGAAACUUUAUCAAUGAAAGGGCUGACGCUGAAUUGCAUGGACCGUAAAUCAGAAGCGUAUGAUCUUGUCCGACGUGGCCUUAAGAAUGACCUUAAAAGUCAUGUCUGCUGGCAUGUUUAUGGUCUACUAUAUCGAUCAGACAGGGAAUACAGAGAGGCGAUAAAAUGCUAUCGUAAUGCUUUGAGGAUCGAUCCUGACAAUAUUGAAAUUCUGAGGGACCUUUCUCUCCUACAGGCACAAAUGCGGGAUCUAUCAGGUUUUGUUGAGACUAGACAACAACUUCUGACGCUGAAGCCAAAUCAUCGCAUGAACUGGAUCGGUUUUGCUGUCUCCCAUCAUCUAAACUAUAAUGGUUCAAAAGCAGUUGAGAUCCUAGAAGCCUACGAGGGCACACUAGAAGAUGAUUAUCCUCCGGAUAACGAACGCUGUGAACACGGAGAAAUACUUUUGUACAAGGUCUCGUUACUCGAGGAAUGUGGGCUUUUUGAGAGAGCUCUGGAAGAGCUACAGAAGAAAGAGUCAAGAAUUGUUGAUAAGUUAGCAGUCAAGGAACAGCAAGUGUCUUUGCUAGUGAAGCUUAAUCGCCUUGAGGAGGGAGAGAAAAUUUAUAGGGUUCUGCUGUCUAUGAAUCCUGACAAUUACAGAUAUUAUACUGGAUUGCAAAAAUGUGUAGGCUUAUCUUCAGAGAAUGGCCAGUAUUCGUCAGAUGAAAUUCAAAAAUUAGAUGCCUUGUACAAAUCGUUAAGGGAGCAAUAUACUUGGUCCUCUGCAGUUAAGAGAAUACCACUUGAUUUUCUCCAAGGAGAACAAUUCCGGGAAGCGGCAGAUAACUAUAUUCGUCCUCUCUUAACCAAGGGGGUUCCUUCAUUGUUCUCUGAUCUCUGCCCUUUGUACGAGCACCCUGGCAAGGUAGACAUUAUCGAGCAAUUGAUUCUUGAGUUGGAAAAUUCUAUCAAGAUUACUGGAGGAUAUCCAGGAAGGUCAGAGAAGGAGCCUCCUUCAACACUUCUGUGGACUUUGUUUUUGUUAGCUCAGCAUUAUGACAGACGCGGCCAGUAUGAGACAGCUCUGGCUAAAAUAGACGAGGCUAUUGAACACACUCCAACUGUUAUUGAUCUUUACUUGGUCAAGGGAAGGAUAAUGAAGCAUGCAGGUGACCUAGCUGCAGCAGCAGCUUUGGCAGAUGAAGCUAGGUGCAUGGAUCUUGCAGACCGCUUUAUCAACAGUGAAUGUGUGAAGCGCAUGCUUCAGGCUGAUCAGGUGGGAUUGGCUGAGAAGACGGCUGUAUUGUUUACCAAGGAUGGGGAUCAACACAAUAAUUUGCACGACAUGCAGUGCAUGUGGUAUGAGCUUGCUUCUGGAGAUAGUUACUUCCGACAAGGUGAUCUUGGACGUUCUCUCAAAAAGUUCCUUGCCGUGGAGAAGCACUAUGCAGACAUGACCGAGGACCAAUUCGACUUCCAUUCUUACUGUUUAAGAAAAAUGACUCUUCGUGCUUAUGUUGAAAUGUUAAGAUUUCAAGAUCGGUUGCAUUCACAUUCAUAUUUUCAUAAAGCAGCCGCCGGAGCUAUCAGGUGCUAUAUAAAACUGUACGAUUCACCUUCCAAAUCAGCUGAUGAAGAAGAUGAUGAGAUGUCCAAGUUGCUUCCUGCUCAGAAAAAGAAGCUGAGGCAAAAGCAGAGGAAAGCGGAAGCCCGUGCCAAGAAGGAAGCGGAAGAUAAAAACGAGGAGGAAACAACUGCUAGCGGAGUUUCAAAAUCUGGAAAACGGCAACCUGCCAAACCUGUUGAUACGGAUCCCAGCGGUGUGAAAUUGUUGCAGGUUGAAGAUCCAUUGUUGGAAGCUACUAAGUACUUGAAGUUGCUUCAAAAGAGUUCAUCAGAGUCGUUGGAAACACACUUGCUCUCCUUUGAGCUGAGUAUGAGAAGGAAGAAGAUCUUACUUGCCUAUCAGGCGGUAAAGCAUCUCCUUAGAUUGGACGCGGAUAGCCCUGAUACUCAUCGUUGUUUGAUUCGGUUUUUCCAUAAAGUGGACAGUAUGCCAGCUCCAGUAACUGAUUCAGAAAAACUUGUUUGGAGUGUGUUAGAAGCGGAACGUGCUACUCUGAGUCAAGUGCAUGAGAACUCUCUAACUGAAGCAAACAACUCUUUCCUUGAGAAACACAAAGAUUCCUUGAUGCAUAGAGCUGCGGCUGCAGAAAUGUCAUUCCUUUUGGAGCCUAGCAAGAAGUCCAAAGUCAUCAAACUAAUUGAGGAUACAGCAAAUGGAGCACCAGGUCCUGUGAAGCAAUGGAGGCUCAAAGACUGUGUUGCAGUCCACAAGUUGCUCGGAACAGUUCUAGGUGAUUCAGAUGCAGCUUCUAGAUGGAAAAUACGGUGUGCCGAAUUAUUCCCCUUCUCGUGUUACUUUGAAGGUAGUCGAAGCUCCAUCAUGACCAAAUCUGCUGAUGGGAAGAUUUCUGAUUCGCCCGUGAAUGGGGGUUUGGGUCAUCAUAAAGAUUCUAAUUCUGUAAACGGGAAGUUAGAGACAUUCAAGGACCUUAUCAUCUAGCCUUGCUCUGCACAUCUUCUUUUUCAUUUAAUCCAGAGUUCAAAGUCAUCCGCAGAAACAAGUAAUGUGAACAGAAGUCUGUAAAAUGCUGAGACUGAUUUCAACAAAUGUACCGAAAUUAUCUUUGAGUUGAAGAGGAAAAGAGGUGAAAGAAGGUGAUGGGAGGCUGCUCAAGCUUGUGAUGAUUCCCGAGAUUUUGUCAGCACAAUUGCAUUAAGCAUCUAGCUGGUUCUCUGAGAUUUUACUUUUGUUUAUUUUUUCUAGUUUUCCGCCAUUUUUAUUCUGACCAGUUCCAGAAGUGAAUUCCAAUUCAAGAUGUGUAUAAUUAGUUCCUUUCUAUUGCUUUUGUUAUAUUUCCAGCUUCCUUACCAUUCCUUCAAUGGUGGCGGCCUUUUUAGUACUUCUAAAUCAUUUUAGAUUUGUAAACCUCAAAGGGGUAAAGAGGGAGUUGAUGAUCUAAUGAUUGCAAGUUUUUGUUGUACUUGACCAUUCGUUCUUGACCAUUGAUCCUCCGUUGUGUUAUGUAAUACGUGGUACACCAGUCGUGGAAAAUUUUGGCAUCAUAUUCGUGUUGUAACA